UCGGGCCCUAGUUGCCUGUAGUCGUCCCCGCGGUUCCGGGUUACAAAGUCUCUGAGCACCCCCGGACUCUCUUCUUCCCAGACCCCCGGGAUGCGGGGCGUGGGGCCCAGAAACCUCCUGCUGCUGCUGGGUGCGCUGGUCCUCACUGAGACCCAGGCAGGCUCCCACUCCCUGAGAUAUUUCUUCACCGCCGUGUCCCGGCCCGGCCGCGGGGAGCCCCGCUUCAUCGCCGUCGGCUACGUGGACGACACGCAGUUCGUGCGGUUCGACAGCGAUGCCCGGGAUCCGAGGAUGGAGCCGCGGGCGCGGUGGGUGGAGCAGGAGGGGCCGGAGUAUUGGGAUCAGGAGACGCAGGGAACUAAGGACGCCGCACUGACUUUCCGAGCGAACCUGAACACCCUGCGCGGCUACUACAACCAGAGCGAGGCCGGGUCUCACACCCUCCAGGAGAUGUACGGCUGCGACGUGGGACCUGACGGGAGACUCCUGCGCGGGUAUGACCAGUUCGCCUACGACGGCAGAGAGUACAUCGCCCUGAACGAGGACCUGCGCUCCUGGACCGCGGCGGACACGGCGGCUCAGGUCACCCAGCGCAAUGCUGAGGCGGCAGGUGAUGCGGCGCGUGUGAGGAUCUACCUGGAGGGCAAGUGCGUGGAGUGGCUCCGCAGAUACCUGGAGACCGGGAAGGACACGCUGCAGCGCGCAGACCCUCCAGAGACACAUGUGGCCCAUCACCCCAUCUCUGACCGUGAGGUCACCUUGAGGUGCUGGGCCCUGGGCUUCUACCCUGAGGAGAUCUCACUGACCUGGCAGCGUGACGGGGAGGACCAGACUCAGAACAUGGAGCUUGUGGAGACCAGGCCUUCAGGGGAUGGAACCUUCCAGAAGUGGGCGGCCCUGGUGGUGCCUUCUGGAGAGGAGCAGAGAUACACGUGCCGUGUGCAGCACGAGGGGCUUCAGGAGCCCCUCACCCUGAGAUGGGAACCUCCUCAGACCCCCUUCCUCACCAUGGGCAUCAUUGUUGGCCUGGAUCUCCUCGUGGUGGCUGUGGUGGCUGGAGCUGUGAUCUGGAGGAAGAAGCGCUCAGGUGAAAAAGGACGGAUCUACACCUAGGCUGCAAGCAGUGACAGUGCCCAGGGCUCUGAUGUGUCUCUCACGGUUCCUAAAGUGUGAGACAGCUGCCUUGUGGGGACUGAGUGAUGCUUCGUCCCACUUUGUGACGUCAGAUCCUGGGACCCCUCUUUCUGCAGCUGCAUCUGAAUGUGCCUGUGCUCCUAUUAGCAUAACGUGAAGUGAAGUGAGCUCGCUCAGUCAUGUCCGACUCUUUGUGACCCCAUGGACUGUAGCCCACCAGGCUCUUCCAUCCAUGGGAUUUUCCAGGCAAGGAUACUGGAGUGGGUUGCCAUUUCCUUCUCCAGGGGAACUUUCUGACCCAGGGGUCGAAUCCAGGUUUCCCACAUUGCCUGCAGGCGCUUUACCCUCUGAGCCACUGGGGAAGCCCCCAGGGAUGGUUUACCCAACCUGCGUUCUCUUCCCUCAGGCACAUUCCUGUUCCAGCAGAGACAGAGCUGAACCCUCUCCAUUGCAGUCUUUGCUUCACAUGUGCUGAGUAAAGAUGUCUUAUUUUCCUAUUGCAAAUAAAAUCUAUAUUGAAUUACUUUUUUCUAAUACCUGCCAAGAGAGUUUACUGGGAAAGUAAAGUAGAAGAUUCCUUCAGUUUAAGAGAGAAA